GCCUACAUUAGUUUCAGGAAGUUGUGCAGCAUUUUGUGGGGAGUAUUACUCAACGCACAGACUUUUCUUUAGACUGGAUGAUCACAUUUUUGGAGAAAUACCAACUCAACAGGAUGGAGCAGCCACUGCGACCGACACCAAUUGACUUCCAUGGAGUCUGUAUGACCAAAUACUUCACCGAUAACUGGGACAACGUACAGAACUUCAAAGCGAGACCAGAUGAUAUCCUCAUAGCUACUUAUCCUAAAGCAGGAACCACAUGGGUCUCUUACAUCCUGGAUCUUCUGUAUUUUGGGCAGACACAUCCAGAGCUCCAGGAGUCCACUCCUCUUCAUGAGAGGGUGCCAUUUUUGGAGCUCUGCAGCCCGUCGCAACCCUCAGGUGUAGACUUGGCAGACAAGCUUCCCACCACACCUCGACUCAUUAAAACUCAUCUACCAGUUCAGUUCAUACCCAAGUCCUUCUGGGAGCAGAACUGCAGGAUAGUCUACGUGGCUCGUAACAUAAAGGACAAUGCAGUGUCCUAUUACCACUUUGGCCGCAUGAACUCUCUUCAGCCCGAACCAGGGGACUGGGGCACCUUUCUGCACGAUUUCUUGGAGGGAAAGGUGGUAUUUGGAUCGUGGUAUGACCACGUGAACGGCUGGCGGGAGAAGAAGCAGACUUAUUCAAAACUUCACUACAUGUUCUUUGAGGAUAUGAUUGAGGACUGUGGACGAGAGAUAGACCGACUCUGCUCCUUCCUCGGUUUGUCUCCUUCUGCUGAGGAAAAGGAAAAAGUCAAAAUUGGAUCAAAGUUUGACAAUAUGAAACAAAACAAAAUGGCCAACUACUCCACUGUCCAAGUAAUGAAUCACAAGGUGUCUCCGUUCAUGAGGAAAGGGAAAGUUGGCGACUGGAAGAACCAGUUCACUGUGGCCCAAAAUGAAAAGCUUGACGAGGACUACAAGCAGAAAAUGAAGAAUGCUACACUGAAGUUUCGUACUGAAGUUUAGAGUCCUGAAUGCUGAUGAUGCAAUGAGAACGUUGUGUGGGACAUUUCCCUCUGCACAGAUUUCUACUGAUGUGAUAAAAAACCAUUAGAAUCAAAGCUUGGUUGAUGUCAGAAAUGUUGAAUCUCCUUUUUGUGUGAUUUUUGAACCUGCAUCAUGUGACAGUUUGUGGAAAUUAAUCAAACUGGAGCAUAUUUGCCUAUUUUGUGUAUUCCCAGAAGAAUCCAUUUGUAUAGAUGAGUGAAGAGUUACCUUAUUUGGACAGGAAGUCUGAUGGGUCUGAGACGGGUAAUAUACUACUUAGGAAGUGUUCUUCCAGGAUUGGUUUGGCAACACACAGUGUUUCUUUCAGUGUUUGCUUUUUCCUGAAUUUGGAGCUUCAAUAAAUGUUUCAGUGCAAAAGA